CUCAAUAUUUUCAGGAUUCAUGGCGUAGAGGCUGGCAUGCCUACUGCAAUUUUUCAUGGAUAUCUCACAACAUCGUCAUUGUUCAGUCGAGAGCAAAUCAUUGCUCAGAUCACAGAAGGGGAUGACAUGAAACUCUACUAUCUUUCCAGAAUCAGUCGUGAAUGCCUUACUUCAGGUUCUCCUCCACCAUUUCGUGGCAUCGAAGAAUCACCGGCAGUGUUUAAUUGCAGCAAUGGAGGCAUACUACUGCCGAACAGUACUUGCGUUUGCCCGCCGUUUAUUUCGGGACCGCAGUGCGAUAUCAUCUCCGUACAAUCUAACUUGGACACCAGUCACCAGUCGUUCAUUUUGGUGCUGAACUUGCGCUCCACCAUGGCUUACGAUCUUCACCAGCUGAUUAAUCAGGUAAAAUCGAUGUCGAGAAUGAUACCACGCCUCUCUGACAGCGUUGUUUCAGCUACCAAUCUGGAAAACAGUUACUUCAUGAAAAACGAGAUCUUCACGUCAUCCGACGCCCUACUCGAUUAUCUCAAUGGUGUUGUAAUAUCGACCGGUGAUACCGAUCAACCUACGAUUUCUGCUAUUAACAGCGUUCACUCAUCGUUAAUGCAUCCGGCUUCCGUGGUGUAUGUAUUUGCUGAUUCGGCUGCUUCGGAUGCGAGAUCGUUCAAUCCGAAAUUAUCGUCAUCCUCGCCUGAAAUGCUAGCUAUACAGCGGACGUUGGCAUGGAGGAAUAAAUUGGCGAUUUUUCUCUCCGAGACUGACUCUGAUCCGAUUGAUUAUUUUGGCGACUAUUUCGAUGUGUUCCGUCGUCUCGUCAGGGCAACACAAGGAGAUCUGAUCGUAAUCGAAAAGACACGUGUGACGGAAGUAAGAGGAAAAAGAAAUGAGUUUUUAGUAAGGGUUUCAUUCAAAAAUUUAAUGCCCCGUAUUAAGUUAAUCCGAACGACUGCGACAGCAACGACCAUGAUUACGGUAACUGCAAAGAAGCAGUCGAGUGUCAAUAUCCGAGUCUGGAUAAAUUCACCCAAUACUGUAUUUAUUGGUUCGAGUCCAGACCCAGCCGUUGAUGUUGGCAGUACCGUCGUCAGUUCAGGUACAAUAUUGACCAUUCCAUCAGAUAUAGUUGGUCUAGUAUUUCGCCGUCAUUCAUUUUUUUCCAGCGUUGCUAAUGAACCCUCACCGGUUGCAAUGAAGUGCUUCAAUGGCGGGACACUUCAAGGCGGUGGCGUAUGCAACUGCACUGCAUUCUUUUAUGGUCCAAACUGCGCGACACCUGUCUGCCUAAACGGCGGCGUCCAGGAGAAAUUCCCCGGCAACGGUCGACCGCUUUGUCAAUGCCCGGUUGGCUACGGUGGCGAUCACUGUGAAGUUUGUGAGUAUCGUCCUCAUCAUCUACUCAUUUUGUAUUGUCUCUUGACAAAGCUGUUUUCCCUAUUCAUCGUCAGAGUGCUUUUCUGCCCGUCUCCAUUAAGUCUUUCUUAUUACUUUUUAUCGCUUUCUAGAAACUCUCAGUCUAUCUCGCAACCAUCGACGGCCGCUCUUUUGCAAACGAUCAACAGCAUUUCCUAUGAUAAAUCCUCUAUAUUCCUUUUCACAGAUGCCAUUCCUGUUGCGAACACACAAAGAACAGAUGUGACGAAUAUCGUUGUGGCAGCAAUCGAACGUCAACUUCAAAUCAACAUCGUUAUUACGGCUCCGUACCAAAUGAACGAAAUGUGUAUACAAUCUUCCGAUGCUGGUAUCUAUUCACUAAUGGCAUUACAAACGGGUGGCACUAUUGUGAAUCUCUGCCAACCAUAUUUCAACUCUUAUCCGAGGGAUAUAAUUACCGAGGUAGAAUUCACCUUCUUCACCGGUUACGGAAUGACCCAUCAUCAUGUGGAAACACUACGAGAAACGGUAGUCGAGGACUGUUCCGUGCUUUUUGUGACGGACUUUUUUGUUGACGAUCCAACCACGCAAGUGUAUGCGUUUGUCAACAGCGGUACUGUAUUCCAGCAGGUUUUGCAAUGUCGGCUGAUGGCUUGUUUUUUAAAAAACAACUUCAGAUACGCUUUGCAAGUACAGUCGGUGGGAAAUUCGACGAAAGGGCCCUGUAGUGUCAGAAUAGUCGAGAAGACACAGCUGGCGGUGUACCUUGCUUUCACAUCAGACCCAUCGAAAGACAGUCCUUUUCUAACGCUCAAUUACGGUACGCAGAUUGAGGUUUCUAUUACUAUGAUUCGCCUUUACUAA